AUGGAAGAAUGUCCUCAACAUAUCCGUUUUGUGGUCGCAGAGGCCCGCAACUUUUGGCCCGAGUUCAUUGCCCCGGAUGUGUCAAAGCUAGGUGAAUGCGAGUUCGCUUUGAUAUCAGAGAUGAACUCCCAGCUCAUCGUUCAUCAUCCAUAUCGGACUUUAUCCGAGCUCCAACCGGAGCUAUCGCUUACAUCAGACGAAGUAGCUCUGGCAUGGUCGGUAAUCAAUGAUCACUAUCUUACCGAUCUACCAUUACUAUAUCCACCUCAUGUGAUCGCGGUUAUGGCAAUCAUUGUUGCCGUUGUCUUCAAACCGAGCCAGACGAGUUUCCAUGGGACUGCUGCCCCAUUGGCCGGAGCGAUGAGAGAUGGAGGGAUGAAUAUCCUCGCAGCUUUGGGAGAUAAGAAUGGCGCUGGCCCGCCUCCCCGAAUUCAGAAACUAGUUAGCUGGCUUGCCGAGAGUGAGGUUGAUAUUCGAGCUGUUAUUGAAUGCACCCAGGAGCUGGUGUCUCUGUAUGAGAUCUGGGAGAAUUAUAGCGAAAAGCACUGUAAGGAGCUUCUUGGUCGGAUGGUGAAGAGUAAGAAUCUGGACAAAUGA